AUGCCAUUACAUACAUUGAGCAUUGUUGAUUAUGUUUUUCUUGUAAUUCUUCUUCUGCCAUCGAUUAUUAUCGGGGCGGCCACCACUACCACGACAACUUUAACAACAUCCACGACAACAACAACAACAACAACUUUUACAACAACAACAACAACCUCAACAACAUCAACAACGACAUCGACAACCUCAACAACAUCAACAACGACAUCGACAACCUCAACAACAUCCACAACAACCACAACAACGAUCCAGACAACAGCUACAACUUCAACAACUACCACAACACAAAUGCCUGGAUGGUCGAUUGGUGGUAUUAUGAAUUAUGAUCGAUAUUAUCACACAGAAUCUAUGUUAACAAAUGGAAAAGUGUUGGUUGCUGGUGGAUAUUCUUCCUCUCUUGCUGUCUCAAGUACUGCUGAGUUGUAUGAUCCAGCAACAUGGAUGUGGACACUUACUGGAAGUAUGAGUUAUACUCGAUAUAUUCACACAGCAUCCGUGUUAACAAAUGGAAAAGUAUUAGUCGCAGGUGGAUAUUCUACUAGUAGUGGUAGUUUAAAUAGUGCUGAAUUGUAUGAUCCAUCGACCGGAUUGUGGACACUCACUGGAAGUAUGAGUUAG